AUGGCCCCUGGAGUUUGCAUUGAUGGCUGGUAUGGAGAAAACUGCUCUGUACGAUGUAAUGAGAACUGUGUCAACCAGUCAUGUUUUCAUAUCACUGGCAACUGUACAUACGGAUGUAAACCGGGAUGGAGGACUCCCAACUGCGAACAGAAAUGCUCAGUAGAAACGUACGGCAAAGGUUGUGGAAAUCACUGCAGCAGUCAUUGCAGAAAUAUGACAUGUAAUCCAAUCAAUGGAUCUUGUUUGGAGGGCUGUAUUCCCGGUUACUUAGGAAGUUUCUGCAACAAACCAUGUGACAAUGGAAGAUAUGGACUCAACUGCUCCCAGAAUUGUUCUCAGAACUGCGUCGGCUUUUGUGAUUCUGUUGACGGAUCCUGCACGUGUUCCUCUGGGUGGACGGGGUCCCCUAACUGUAGUGAAAAAUCUUCGCGGUCAGGAGGUUCUGCAGCACAGUCCGAUACGACAGAUUCUGGCGCAGUAACAGGAGCCGUGGGAGGGACAGUGGGAGCCGUAGGUUUUAUUGUUGUACUCAUCACAGGGAUACUGUUUAUACGAUGGAGAAGAAAGAAGGAGAGAAAGCAUGAAGAUACGGAGACGAUAACGUUUUCUUCUGUCCCAGAAACGUUAACAAUAGGUGAUAAAAGACAUGAAGAUAUGGAAAUGAGGGGACUUGGGAAACCUGGCUUAGAAUUAAAAACUAACGGGGAAAUGCUAACUACGAAUACUAAAAUAGACAUAUCUGUCGCAGAUUUUGAUACAGCAAUAUUCAUCUUGUCUGAAAAUCAGAAUGCCAAGUUCAAAGAAGAAUAUAUGACAAUUCCUAGAGGAGAACUACACCCAUGUAAUGAAGGAAAGAAAAAGGAAAAUGUUGCCAAAAAUCGAUACACCACGAUUUUCCCGUAUGACCAUUCACGUGUUGUUCUGGAAACAUCGGCAAAAGAGUCAGACUACAUUAACGCGAAUUAUAUUGAGGUCAGUGAUUUGAAUCGAUUUUUAUAG